GAGAUAGACCUCCACAUAAUUGGAUUUGACUUAUAGAAGGGAAAUCUACAGUCAAUGGCCAUUCUUGUCACACUGCUACUAUGGAAAAGAGAAUGGUCAAUAGAAAGUGGUAUAGUAAAUCGUGAUGAUUAAAGAUGUUGCUUCAACACCUUGGAAAAAAGUAGGAAAUACCUGCUCUGUAAACAUCUUCUUGAGCUCUUCUCAACAAGCUCACCUUUGAGCAAUUGGAGGCAUAUUUUGCAAUUGUAAGGUCUUUCUGAAGUGGAUAUACAUACAUUUUGCUGCCUGAAACAAGAGAAGUAGGCAACUAAUGUGGGACCAUGGCACCUCCCAGAUGCACACGGCCAAGUUAUGUUUGGAAAGCAGUGAUGUCACGCUUAGUACAUGGGGGAGCGGGAGCCUCAUUGACUCUCUUUAUGUUGGGAUGUUUGCUUCAGGCUGCUCAUGUGCUCUCACAAAAGUUGGAUGAUAUGGACCCAUUGGUGACUACCAAUUUUGGCAAGAUAAGAGGGAUUAAGAAAGAACUAAAUAAUGAGAUUUUGGGGCCUGUUAUUCAGUUUCUCGGGGUUCCAUAUGCAGCCCCACCAACAGGAGAACAUCGUUUUCAGCCUCCUGAACCACCCUCUCCCUGGUCAGAUGUCAAGAAUGCCACGCAGUUUGCUCCUGUGUGUCCCCAGAAUAUCAUUGAUGGAAGACUGCCAGAAGUCAUGCUUCCUGUGUGGUUUACCAAUAACUUGGAUGUAGUUUCAUCAUAUGUACAAGACCAGAGUGAAGACUGCCUGUACUUAAACAUUUAUGUCCCAACUGAGGAUGAUAUUCGGGACAGUGGGGGUCCCAAACCAGUGAUGGUAUACAUCCACGGUGGAUCAUACAUGGAGGGUACAGGAAAUUUAUACGAUGGCAGUGUCUUGGCAAGCUAUGGCAAUGUGAUCGUCAUCACUGUCAACUAUCGACUUGGAGUGCUUGGUUUCUUGAGUACAGGGGAUCAGGCUGCAAAAGGAAACUAUGGACUUCUUGAUCUCAUACAGGCUUUGAGAUGGACUAGUGAGAACAUUGGAUUCUUUGGUGGUGACCCCUUAAGAAUCACCGUUUUUGGAUCUGGCGCUGGGGGUUCAUGUGUCAAUCUGCUGACUUUAUCCCAUUAUUCUGAAGGUAACCGUUGGAGCAAUUCAACCAAAGGACUUUUUCAACGAGCAAUCGCUCAAAGUGGAACAGCCCUUUCUAGCUGGGCUGUUAGCUUCCAACCUGCAAAGUAUGCUAGAAUGCUGGCCACAAAAGUUGGCUGCAAUGUCUCAGACACAGUAGAGUUAGUGGAAUGCCUCCAGAAGAAGCCUUAUAAAGAACUCGUUGAUCAAGAUAUUCAACCGGCUCGAUACCACAUAGCCUUUGGACCUGUGAUUGACGGAGAUGUAAUACCAGAUGAUCCUCAGAUACUGAUGGAACAAGGAGAGUUUCUCAACUAUGAUAUAAUGCUAGGAGUUAACCAAGGGGAAGGAUUAAAAUUUGUGGAGAAUAUAGUAGAUAGUGAUGAUGGUAUAUCAGCUAGUGAUUUUGACUUUGCUGUUUCCAAUUUUGUUGAUAACUUAUAUGGAUACCCUGAAGGCAAGGAUGUUUUGAGAGAAACCAUUAAGUUCAUGUAUACUGAUUGGGCUGAUCGUCAUAACCCGGAAACUAGAAGGAAGACAUUAUUGGCUUUGUUUACAGACCAUCAGUGGGUGGCACCAGCUGUAGCUACAGCAGAUCUUCACUCAAAUUUUGGUUCACCUACAUAUUUUUAUGCCUUUUACCAUCAUUGUCAAACAGAUCAAGUUCCAGCUUGGGCUGAUGCAGCCCAUGGAGAUGAGGUUCCCUAUGUACUGGGAAUUCCCAUGAUUGGCCCUACAGAGUUAUUCCCUUGCAAUUUCUCCAAAAAUGAUGUGAUGCUGAGCGCAGUCGUAAUGACAUACUGGACAAAUUUUGCUAAAACUGGUGACCCAAAUCAACCAGUUCCUCAAGAUACAAAAUUCAUCCACACCAAACCCAACCGCUUUGAAGAGGUAGCCUGGACCAGAUAUUCCCAAAAAGACCAGCUUUAUCUCCACAUUGGUUUAAAGCCCAGAGUUAAAGAACAUUACAGAGCGAAUAAGGUCAACUUGUGGCUGGAGCUGGUACCUCAUCUGCAUAAUCUGAAUGACAUUUCUCAGUAUACCUCGACAACAACUAAAGUGCCAUCCACUGAUAUCACUCUCAGACCUACAAGAAAAAAUUCCAUACCUGUCACGUCAGCCUUUCCCACUACCAAGCAGGAUGAUCCCAAGCAACAACCAAGUCCAUUUUCUGUGGACCAAAGGGACUACUCUACAGAGCUGAGUGUCACCAUUGCAGUGGGAGCAUCACUGCUGUUUCUGAACAUCUUGGCUUUUGCAGCCCUGUACUACAAAAAGGAUAAAAGGAGACAUGAUGUUCACCGGCGAUGCAGCCCACAGCGCACUACGACCAACGAUCUGACCCAUGCACAAGAGGAAGAAAUCAUGUCCCUGCAGAUGAAGCACACUGAUUUGGAUCAUGAAUGUGAGUCCAUCCAUCCACAUGAGGUGGUUCUGCGGACCGCCUGCCCCCCAGAUUACACACUAGCUAUGAGGCGGUCACCUGAUGAUGUUCCCCUAAUGACACCCAACACCAUCACAAUGAUUCCCAACACUAUACCAGGGAUUCAGCCCUUACACACAUUCAAUACAUUUACUGGAGGACAGAACAACACUCUGCCUCAUCCUCAUCCCCACCCCCAUUCACAUUCAACAACCAGGGUAUAGCCAGAUAAGAGAAACAAACUAUUUUUUGAUGGAUUGCAGUAAAAGGUUACUGAAGAUUCCUUGGCUUUCAACCUACAAGACUCUUAAUAUUUAAAUAAGAAGGAAUAUUAUGGUGAAUAUACAUAUCAAGAACUUUGGGGGUUUUGAAAAAAUGAAUUGUACAUAGAUAUACACAAAGCAACUUUAAAAAACAAAUUUCAGUUGCUUGAAGCAAUUGCUCUGAAUGAUACUUUUUCAUUCACAUUCAAGAAUUAAUUUUUUGAAGAUUUAAGUUACAUAAUGGAAGUAGGCAUGUGGAACACCAAACAGGAGCGAACUAUGUCUGAAAUAUCAAAAAUAAAAAUAAAAACAACUAUGAAUAUGCACAAGGGACACACCAAUGGAAUGUCAGAUAAUUUUCACCAGUUUUUAUUUGGAGCCGUUUUAUUGUGUAGACCAUAUUUACAUAUUUGGAUAAGUACACAAAGCACCAAUGCUGUUAAUGGCCUUAGCAGAGGCUCAUGCUGAUAUUUGCCAGUAAAAUGAGUUUAAAGACUGGCAGGUACAACAUUAUCACAUAAGUGCUGUCAGUAUAAAGUUGUGGGGAUAAAGGAAACUGGAUAUUUUUAGCACGAUGUGCAUGAUAAUUUAUAUGCUUGGUGGCUGUGCUGCUGAUUAAGCCGUAAUUAAAAUUCUUCUCAUCCCAUUGGAGUUUUUAAUAGAAGCUUCCUCUACCAAUUGGCAGAACCUAAAGAAGAUUUUAACGGGUAAAAGUAAUUACAAUAAAAUAAUCCACAGUAGUUUAAAUAAUAGAAGGAAUUAGUUCUUAAAGGUGUUUGAAGAAACUCUAGGUAUAGCGGUGAUUACUUGCUGAUACAAAUCCCAGAAACAAUUUCAUGUGUUUUUAAUGUUCUUUUCAUCCCAUCUAAAUAAUUUAUAGAAAUGUAACCUAAUUGGGCAUGUGUCACAGGAUCUAUAAUUUGCUGUGGUUUUUGUUACUCUGUAUUUUGUUCUUCUAGUAAGGUGAACUGCGUCCAAAGAGUCAUUUUAGUAGUUUUUUUUAUGUUCUGAGGAUUCCCCAAUACCACCAUUCUGAUUGCAGUUCUCUUAAUUUACUCAUGUUGCAUGAAAAAAUGUUCACUACUAAUAAUUCAGUAUUAAACUACGUCCCACUUCACAUCAAUUAUCCUUCUCACUGAGGUUCUUUUGCUGGAAUUUAUUCACAAAAUCUCGGUAGAGUGCAACUUAGAGAAGCUAGGAGAGUCAACAUCUGGAAGAUUCUGGUCUUCCGUGUAUGUGUGAUUUUAAAUGAAUAUUCUGAGACCACAGGAAAUUUCAUCCCCUUGUUUACCAGUAACAGUCUAUCACAGACCUUUCCAAAUGUUUGUAUAUGUAAUCAGAUGUACAUUUAUAUUAAAAAGUGAGAUGGACUUAAAGAGCACAUCCUGAUAAAUACUUUCUCUCUUACCUGUACUAUAUUUCUAUUAGACUAAAGUUAUGUGAUUUUUUUUUUACAUUUUUUCAGAUGACUAGCAAUUUUGAUAGUUUGUAAGAUAAUGCAAAGAACUUUCUCUGACAAACUAACUGCAGUAACAGAAAUCUUUCUUUCCAGUUACUCUUUUUCAAGAAUGAAAGCUUAUUAUACAAAAGAAAAAAAAUUGUAUACUACUUGAUGGAAACAACUUUGUACAUCUUGGCCAUGUCACUGGUCACUGCGUGAAAUAAAGAUAAUCUGGAUAAUGACUAUUAGUCCAAUGCUAAGAGACAUGAUCUUUGCUCAUUAAAGAGCUAAAAUGUUCAUUGCUGUUUUGUCUUUUUUUAAAAAAAAAAACAACAACAAAAGAAUCAUGACUGUCUCAAAGAGUCAUUUUUCUAGACCAGUCGGGUUUUUGAAGACAUCAGGUAACUUCUACAGAAAAUACUACUGUGCAUUAAAGACAAGUCUCUUCAAAUCAGAAGCUCAUGGAACUUCAGCAUUUUGAAUUUAUAUCUCCAGGAACUCAUGAAAAAUAUUAGCUUUGUAUUUUUAAAUACCUCUCAUGUGAAGGUGUUGUGCAAAGUGCCAUUUUUUUUUUAAUUUAGAAACACAGGUUCCAAUUCUGAUCAAGGGAAGAAUUCUAUUGUAAAUAAAUAUGCAAUAUUUCAUGAAAUAAAAAACCAGCUAGCUUCCCAUGUAAGAAUGAUUAAUCUAUCAUAAGCUAAUGGAUAUAAAGUUAUCCUUUUAAGAGAAUAAAAGUGCUAGGCAAGACAUUAAGCUGACAUUAAAAGAUAAAAGUCUAUUUCAAGGCAUAAGUUUGAUUAUAACCUCCCAAUUAUUAGC